AACAAAGAAGAAACAGAAGAGGAAAAGGAAGAAGACAUCAAAAAAGCAUGAAGACCCAAAUGAGGACAUUUUGUGUUAUUCACCUGAUCCAGCAACAGUUCCUGUUAUGGAAUCAGCUUCACAUGUAAAGCCAUUUCACUUCGAUGCCAAUAAGUCAUCAUUAAAACCAAAGUGGCAAAAAAACAGCAAGAGGUGGAGGGAGAAAUUAGAGAGGCUGCAGUCAUCAGAAGUUACCAGAGUAGGGAGCAUUAGUUAUGUAAAUGAUGCUGAAUUCCGCAUAGCGAAGGGAAGCAAUGGUGCUGAAGUCUUCUUGGGCCUGAGGGAUGAUGGCACUGAAGUUGCUAUCAAGAGAAUGUCCAAGACUAGCUCUCAAGUGCUCAAGAAUGAAGAGGGAAUUCUGCGACUUUCAAAGCUUCAUAAUGAGUUUAUUGUACGAUAUGUUGACGCUGCAGAGGAUGAGAACUUUGGAUAUCUGUGUAUUCAGCUUUGUGAAUACACUUUGGAGGAAUGUAUCAGGAAUAAUUACGGUCGUCUGCGACUGAAAGAAGUUAUCCGUCAGGUUCUUAAAAGUUUAAGGGUGCUUCAUUGUCAGAAUUCUCAAAUUCUCCACCGAGAUCUGAAACCACAAAAUGUUUUGAUAGAUGUUAAUGGGAUAGUAAAAUUAGCUGAUUUUGGCAUAAGCAGACGGUUACUCAAAGGUCAAACAACUUUGCGCACAGCCUGUGCAGGAACGAAAUGCUGGAUGGCCAAGGAGACUUUAGAAGGAGACGCUGACAUACCAUACACGUCAAAAAGUGAUAUACAGGUGGCAGGGAUGCUGCUAUAUUAUAUCCUCUCUGGAGGACACCAUCCAUUUGGUAAACCCUAUGAAUGUGAGUACAACAUUCAUGAAGGGAAGUACACUUUGGACCAUGUUCAAGAUGUGGUGGCAAAGGAUCUCAUCGAGUGGAUGAUUGAUGAAGAACCAAAGAGCAGACCUAAAGUGGAAGAAUGCUUGAGUCAUCCCUUCUUAUGGGACAGUGAAAGAAAAAUGGAAUACUUGAGAAGGGUUGGAAACAGGAAAGACAUGGCAUCCCGAAAUCCUGACCAAGAAUUAAUUUCUUCACUGGAAAAAUAUGCCGGGGAUGGAUCCCACAAUCAGUGGAAAAAUACGUUUCCAAAGGAGUUGGUCCAGAAAGAGGAAGACAAGAAGAAACCCUACCCAGAAAACAUACCAGGAUUACUUCGCUUCAUACGAAACUGCUAUGAGCACCGUGCCGAGGAUAUAGCCAACGUUGAUGUUAUGGUGAUAUUUCCUGAUCUCUUUGGCUGUGUUUACACUUUUGCAAAGAGCCAAGGGUGGAAUUCAGAGACUCCGCUGAAGAAACUGUUUCAAAUAAAAAAACUUGCUACAGGCUCUGUGUGGUCCACAAGCCACGAGGAGAGUCUGAGUGUCCCAGUUCAAGAGUCUCAACCCGUUGACUUGAAGUGAAGUUGGAUUCAAAAAGGAUAAAU